AUGUCUCCGCCUCCUCAUUUUGACGAAUGGUAUCACUUUGCAACGUCGCGCAACACCGUUUUGAUUGACGAAUUCGAUAAGAUAUACCAUACUCUGCUGCCUUUUUGGGGGCUUACGCCUAGCGUGAUGCGCUCUCGUGUCCGAGAAGACCUUGGUCGGAUAAACACCACCUAUCUCAUGGGAAUCGCCAUCCGCGAAGGCAGAAUCCUUGAUUUCGGCAAGGGCCAGGGAGGAUUCCAGAGAGAUGCGACAAUAAAGAUCCUCGAGAAGUUCUCUCAGUGGUUACCGGAUAUAAACUUGCAAUUCAACGCUCACGACGAGCCGCGUGUCGUAGUUCCUCAUGAACAGUUGCAUAGAUUCGUCCUUGAGGGCCAAGUGGCGCAAUCCCGGUUAAAAUCCCAGUCAGACGUUUCAAACCUAUUUUCACCGGGGGAAACGGAUAACCCAGUGCCGCCAGUACCGGCUUCUACAAGCAGGUGGAACAACAUUGAGUUCCAAGAGACAUGGCUCUAUUCGCGACUUUCAUGCCCACCAGACACACCUGUUAUGGCGCUAGAUGGCAAUGCACCGGACAACACAGCCGCUUACGCUAUGGAGCCUCUGGGUUUCGUAUUCAAUCAAUCUGCGGCAAGUGAUAUUUGCAGUAGCCCGUCACUAAGACAUCGCCUUGGGGUCUUUCAGCGCCCAAAUUCUUUCAAGUUGACGAACAAACUUGUCCCAAUGUUUUCCAUGUCCCAUCCAUCUUCAUUCCAAGACAUUGGUGUUCCUUCGCCCUUUUAUUAUGGAGAUAUGUCGAGUUUUGACCCAGAAAGCUCGGUGCCAUGGGAAGAGAAGAAGCCCCAGAUCUAUUGGCGUGGGAGAACCACCGGGGGCCACAGUCAGAGUAGCAGCUAG